AUGGCUGUGCAGACUGGCUUCAGCUUCCUGCAGAUCUUCUCCACCAGCUGGGAGAUGUUCACAGUGCUCUUCCUCAUAGUGGGGAUGGGACAGAUCUCUAACUACGUGGUGGCCUUCAUACUGGUUAGCCCUGGUGCGGAGCUGAUGGAGCCGGAGCGGCUGCGAGCUACCCCCAUCUCUGCCGUCUAUCUGGUGACAUCUGUGGUUUUUCUGGUGGACAUCAAUUAUUCCUUCAAAAACAACCAGAUCAUUGCUGAAUCCCCUCGGUGGCUGAUCUCCCAGAGAAGAUAAAAGGAGGCAGAAGUUAUUAUCUGAAAGGCUGCAAAAAUAAAUGUCGUUCCAGCCCCAUCUGUGAUUUUCGACACCACGGAGACGCAGGAUUCGAAGCCUCAGCACCAGCAGGCGGCUUUCCUUCUGGACCUAUUUCGAAACCAAAACAUUGCACCUAUUACUAUUAUGUCAUUACUUUUGUGGUUUUUCACGUCAGUUGGUUACUUUGGCCUGUCCCUCAGCACUCCAAACUGGCAUGGAAAUCCCUACAUCUACUGCUUCCUCUCGGCUGUUAUUGCAGUUCCAGCAUAUGUGAUUGCCUGGCUUCUCCUCCGCUCCCUCCCUCGGCGCCACUCCGUAUCUGGCACCUUGUUUUUAGGGGAAGGUGUUGUCCUCUUCAUUCAGCUGGAGCCUGCAGAUUUCAAUGUCCUAUCUGUUGGCCUGGUGAUUCUUGGAAAAUUUGGCAUCACAGCUGCGUUUUCGAUGCUUUAUGUCUACGAUGCGGAGCUACACCCUACCCUUGUGUGAAACCAGGCAGUCGGAGCGACUUCCACAGCUUCCAGGCUGGGCAGCAUCAUUGCUCCUUACUUUAUUUAGCUGGCCCACACCCCUAAAGGACCGAUCCCGGCCUCCUCUGACAUCCGUGACCAGAGCCCCACCGAGGGCAUCCUGCAAGGCUCCGACCCGGGGACAGGAGGGAAGCACUGGCUGGAUCGCUCCCGCUGA